AUGCAGCGAUUUACCAUCAAUACAAGAUUUUCCCGACGUCCCUCCAUUUUUAAUAAUGAUAAUACGCCAAAACGAUGCGAAACAGAUAUUGUCCGGAAAUGGAACAAUAUAAUUAUUAAUUUAAUAAAACAUGCAAAUUUCGAUAUUUUCAAAAUCAAAAAAUGUAAAUUGGGGUAUGUCGUACCUCCUCCAAAUUUAAAAAAACUCGAAAUAACCGAUAGUCGUUAUUUGCAUGCAAAUAGCUGCGAUCCGUACUCCCUUUAUAAUCCCUAUAAUUGGAGUUCUAGAUUAGGAAGAAGCGAUAUUAAUGAGUGGUUAAUUAACAAUAAACGAUUGAACUGUUUGAAAGUACUCCACUUACGUGGUUGUGUGGACUUUACCGUGUGUGGACUUACAAACCUGUAUGAACAAUUAAUCGAACUUUCAAUUGUGGACUGUCCGAAAAGUUGUCUCUUAUACACAUCUAGAUGUGUAUAA